AUGCCUGUCCUCAAACCCCUUGCGGGCGACGGCGAUGCGCCGCAGCAACACAAGCAACCCUCAAGAAAAGGAAAAAAGGCGUGGCGGAAGAAUGUCGACGUGACCGAGGUUCAGGACGGUCUCGACGAGUUGAACAAGCAGAUUAUUCAGGGUGGUGUCGUCGCAGAGAAGGACUCAGCAGACCUUUUCACCCUCGACACGGUCGGCAAGGUCGAGAAGCGCACCAAGCCCAAGAAGACUCUCAAGUCAGACGAAAUUAUCGCCGCUCGCUCCGCCGUCCCCCCAGUUUUCUCGCGCAAGAAGCGUGAAAACGAAGCCUCGAAAACUAACGACGGCCUCCUCCCCGUCAAGCGCCAGCGCACCGAUUGGGUCUCCCACAAGGAGCUCGCGCGCCUUCGCAAGGUUGCCGACGGCCAGCACGAAUCUUCUAUCACCGUUCAGGAUGCCACUUACGAUCUCUGGGGUGCUCCCGCGCCCACUGCAGUGGCAGAGAAGGCGGACGACAAGGACAACUUCAUCCCGCCUGUAGUAAAAGCCAAGCCCCCCAAGACGCUCAAGCACCAGCCCAUCUCUCUCACGGCCAGCGGCAAGCAAAUUCCUGCGGUUAUCAAGCCCAGCGGAGGCUACUCUUACAACCCCACUUUUGACGACUACGCCGACCGCCUGGAGGAAGAGAGUGCCAAGGCCGUUGCAGCGGAGGAAGCCCGUCUCGCUGCCGAAGAAGCUGACCGCCUUAAGCGGGAAGCCGCAGCCCGGUCAGGCGCCGAAGCCGAUGCCGCUGAAGCACGCGCGCAGCUGUCAGAAUGGGACGAGGACUCCGCCUGGGAGGGCUUCGAGAGCGGUGUCGACGAUGACAAGCCUUCGCUCAAGCGCCCGCAGCGCAAGACACCGUCCCAGAGAAACCGCAUCAAGCGCCGCAAGGAGGCGGAGCGCGAAGCCAAGCACCAACUCGCCAUGAAGAAGAAGGCUGCGCAGGAGGAACGCAUCAAGCAGAUCGCUGCUGAGAUUGCCGAACGUGACGCGGCAAAGAGCGCUCUGGAGCUCGCCAAGGAGGUUGGAGAGGGCAGUGAUGCGGAUGAUGACGAUGAUAUCGUUGAUGAAGGCCCGCUGAGGAGACGGCAACUGGGCAAGUACAAGCUGCCUGAGAAGGAUCUUGAGCUGGUCUUGCCGGAUGAGCUGCAGGAUUCGCUGCGGUUGUUGAGGCCCGAAGGCAACCUUCUCAAGGACCGGUACCGCAGCAUGCUCCUCCGUGGCAAGGUGGAGGUCAGAAGGCACCUUCCAUUCAAGAAGCAGGCCAGGACGAAGCUCACAGAGAAGUGGCAAUACAAGGAUUUCAAGAUUUAG